AUGAAUGUCGGUGAAACCAGCAGUAGACGACAUGGUAUUGGACGUCCACACGCUAUCGAAGAAAAAGGUCGUCGGAGACUGUCUCGCAUCGUAAAGCAAAACCGGAGCCAGACAGUGGCUCAGCUGACAGCCCAAUACAAUGCAGGGUCAAGUAGAAUAGUAUCGGAGCACACUGUUCAGCGGACACUGUUGGAUAUGUGGCUACGCAGCAAACGUCCCACUCGUGUACCUCUGCUGACCAAUCGUCACCGCCAACUGCGCCUGCGCUGGGCCCGGGAAUAUCGCGACUGGUACAUGGAUCAGUGGGAGAGAGUUGCCUGGUCAGAUGAAUCACGUUUUGUCAUGCAUCACGGCGAUGGCAAUGUCGGAUACGCCGUCUUCCGGGCAAACAGUUGCUUCCUCAAUGUACAAUACGAAACUUCUUUAUUAUGGAAGGAAGAUAAGUCUAAAGUUGCGAAUAAUUUCAGAAUUGCAAGAAAUCGCUUUGACGAUUUAAGUAGAAAACUUGAAAGGGACAUUAAUUUAUUUGAUAGUUAUAAAGCUAUUGUUUUGGAACAGGAACGUAAUGGGGUUAUAGAACCAUGUUCUGAUUCAAAAAUCGAAAAUAGUUAUUUCAUGCCUCAUAGACCAGUAGUAAGAGAGGAUAAGGUAACCUCUAAAGUUAGAAUGGUGUUUGACGCUUCUUCAAAGGAGAAACAUUUAAAUUCUUUGAAUGAUUGUUUAUUCCCCGGACCUAAUCUUAAUCCAAACGUUCUUGAUAUAAUACUUAGUUUUAGGAAACAUAAUGUUGCAUUUUGCGCCGAUUUAGAAAAAGCUUUUUUGCAAAUUGGAAUUGCGGAAGAGGACAGGAAUUACCUGAAAUUUAUAUGGUUUAGUAACGAAAGGGAUGAUUUGAUAUCUGGUGCGAAAUCUGAUAAAGAAGUGUAUUACAUAUCAUCGACAGCUUCAGAUAUUUUUAAAGAAGCUGGAAUGAAUUUGCGGAAAUUUAAUACUAAUUCCGUAAAACUUCGAAAAAUGUGGGAAGAAAAGGGAAUGUGUGAAACAGCUGAACUUCGUAAUGAUACCUUAAAGAUCUUGGGUUUACUAUGGAAUACCAAUUCUGAUAGCUUGCAUUUUGACGUUCCAGACUUUCGCGAGGAUUGUAAAAUCAAUCCUUCAAAACGCGUUGUUUUGAAAACUGUUCUAAAGAUAUUUGAUCCUCUUGGAAUUCUUUUACCAUUUACAGUUAGGAUGAAAAGUUUGUUGCAAGAAACUUGGCAGCGAGGUAUAGGAUGGGACGAAAACUUACCUAAUGAUCUAAAAUACGAGUGGGAAAGUUGGUGUUCAGAAAUUGAUCAUUUACCCAAGUUUGAGAUACCUCGUAAAUAUUUUCCGGGGGGUUUAGAAAAUUUUGAUACCAUAGAACUUCACAUUUUUUCUGAUGCAAGUCCUAAGGCUUAUGGUGCUGUUGCAUAUUUUCGAUGUGCCAAAAAUGAUAAUGAAAUUCGGACCAGUCUUGUUUGGGCAAAACGUAGGGUUUCCCCUAUAAAACGUUUGACAAUCCCUCGCCUCGAACUUAUGGGUGCGAUAAUAGCUGCUAGGAUGUGCAAAUAUUUAAAAACUGUUUUUAGUUCUCAUGUUUUAGAUGUCCAUAUUUGGUCAGAUUCCAUUGUCGCGCUACAUUGGAUAAAGGGUUCACGGAUAAACUGGAAGCCAUUUGUGGCAAAUAGGGUAGAAGAAAUACAGUCUUUGACUAACCCCAGAAUUUGGAAUUUUACUCCAGGGAAAGCCAAUCCUGGAGAUUUGUUGACCAGAGGGGAAAGUUUAACUAGUCUUGUAGAAAAUACAUUAUGGUUUGAAGGUCCAGAUUGGUUAUCAAUGCCUAAAGAAAGGUGGCCGAAGCAUGACAUUCUUCCCAGCAAUAAUGAUUAUUUGAUUGAAAAGAGGUCCAAAUUAAAUUUUAUUCAGCUUUCCUGCAAUGUUAAAUUACUUACAGAACCAUUGCUGGAUUUAGGAAAAUUUAGUAAACUUAAUCGUGUGUACAACAUCACCGCUUGGAUUUUCAGAUUCCUUAAUAACAUUAAUAAGAAAAAGACUAAGCUGUCAGGUGAGCUUACUACUGCAGAAAUUACAAAAUCGGAAAAAUAUUGGUUAAAGUUAACUCAACAAACUGUGUUCACUCUUGAGAUUGAAGAACUGAAACGGGAAGAACCUAUCAAUAAAAAUUCUCCUUUAUACAAUUUAAACCCUAAAUUGGAUGAAAAUGGUUUAUUAUAUUUAUCGGGAAGACUUCGCUUAUCUGAUCUGCCUCUAAGGGAAAAAAAUCCUUGGAUACUCCCGGGCGGGGAACAAUUCACCAAACUGCUAAUUCUUCAGGCCUAUGAAAAAGUUUAUCAUUAUGGAGUAGCCACAACCUUGGCGCAUCUUCGAGAAACAUAUUACAUCAUCAAAGGAAGGAAAUAUGUUAAAUCUGUGCUGAAAUCUUGCAUUAUUUGCAAAAGAUUUAAAGUUAGACCUGGCAAAGAAGAAAUUGCUCCUUUACCGAAGGAUAGGAUAAUUGAAUCACCCCCAUUUGAGACCUGUGCUGUUGAUUUCGCCGGCCCUAUUUUUAUCAAAACUAAAUCGGGCCCAGAAAAAGCUUACAUUGUGCUCUUCAACUGUGGAGUUACUAGAGCUGUUCAUUUGGAAGUAGCAUCUGACCUCAGUACUGAAACCUUCAUCUUAGCUUUCAAAAGAUUUGUUUCACGUAGAGGACUCUGCAAAAUUGUAUACAGUGACAAUGCCAAGACCUUUAUCAAAACUGAUAGUUUACUGAAGGAAGUUUCGAGUAAGAUUUCCAAAGCUGAGGUUCAACAGUAUUUUACUAAAAACCGAAUUGUGUGGAAAUUUAUUGUACCUAGAGCCAGCUGGUGGGGUGGGUUUUGGGAGCGUAUGGUGCGUUCUGUCAAAACGCCCUUGAAGAAAGUUUUAGGACGAUCUUGCUUGAGCUAUGAAGAGAUUCAAACCACUCUCACUGAGAUCGAAGCUGUUAUAAAUGGAAGACCUUUAACUUACGUGUAUGAUGAAAUUAACAAGCCAUUUCCCCUAACUCCUUUUCAUUUUCUGAUAGGCAAGCGCCCAAAUUUCUUUCCUGAUAUUCCUUCUGUGGCAGAACCAAAAUCCAACAAAAAGACCCUCACGAAAUUAUUGAGAUACAGAGAUCAAAUUUUAAACCAUUUUUGGAAGCGUUGGAGAACGGAGUACUUACUGGAACUUCGAUCUGCAAAUCGCAUCGUUCCAAUAGAUACUCCUACAAAAUUCAAAAUUGGAGACGUAGUUAUAGUUCAUGAAGACAAGGUUCCAAAACACAUGUGGAAAAUAGGAGUAGUUAAAGACCUUUUUUUCGGCAGAGACUCGAAAGUUAGAUCUUGUGCUGUUCGAACGCCUUCAGGCGUUGUGAGGAGACCUAUACAAUUACUGUAUAAUUUAGAACUUGACAUUGAGUCAGUGACUCAGUAA